AUGGCCAACGCCAGCGAGGCGGACGAGCUGGGCCUGCCGGGCCCCCCAGCGGCCUCCACCUACGCCAAGCUGCUGCUGCUGGCACUGAUCAUCUGCGUGAGCCUGGCGGGCAACCUGGCCCUGGCGCUGCUGGUGCUGAAGGAGCGGGGGCUGCACCGGGCCCCCUACUACUUCCUGCUGGACCUGUGCCUGGCCGAUGCCGUGCGGGCGGCCGUCUGCUUCCCCUUCGUCCUGGUCUCCAUCCGCCACGGCUCGGCCUGGACCCACAGCCCGCUCAGCUGCAAGGUGGUGGCCUUCCUGGCCGUCCUCUUCUGCUUUCACGCCGCCUUCCUCCUCUUCUGCAUCAGCGUCACCCGGUACAUGGCCGUGGCUCACCACCGCUUCUACGCCAAGCGCAUGACCCUCUGGACGUGCGUGGCCGUCAUCUGCAUGGUGUGGACCCUCUCGGUGGCCAUGGCCUUCCCGCCCGUCUUCGACGUGGGCACCUACAAGUUCAUCCGGGAGGAGGACCAGUGCAUCUUCGAGCACCGGUACUUCAAGGCCAACGACACGCUGGGUUUCAUGCUCAUGCUGGCCGUGCUGGUGGGGGCCACCCACGCCGUGUACGGGAAGCUGCUCUGCUUCGAGUACCGCCACCGCAAGAUGAAGCCGGUGCAGAUGGUGCCGGCCAUCAGCCAGAACUGGACGUUCCACGGGCCGGGUGCCACCGGCCAGGCGGCCGCCAACUGGAUCGCCGGCUUCGGCCGGGGCCCCAUGCCGCCCACACUGCUGGGCGUCCGGCAGAAUGGCCACGCUGCCAACCGCUGGCUGCUGAGCAUGGAGGAGUUCAAGGCGGAGAAGCGGCUGGGGAAGAUGUUCUACGUCAUCACCGUCCUCUUCCUCCUCCUCUGGUCGCCCUACAUUGUGGCCUGCUACUGGCGGGUCUUCGUCAAGGCCUGCAGCAUCCCGCCCCGCUACCUGGCCAUCGCCGUCUGGUUGAGCUUCGCCCAGGCCGCCGUCAACCCCGUCGUCUGCUUCCUGCUCAACAAGGAGCUCAAGAAGGGGCUGGCGGCCCGUGUGCCCUGCCGCAGGACAGAGCCCCCCCUGCCCCGGGAGCCAUACUGUGUCAUGUGACGGGGGGCUGGAUACGGCAGGCCGGGGGACGAGGGCGGGAGUCUGGACAUCCGGCGCCAAUCCGGAGUCACCUCCUAACUGCAGUGGGGCCAGGGCCGGAUUCUGAUCUCAGUCAAUCCAGAGUCACCCCCAUCCUGCAAUGGGAUCAGGCCAGAUUCAGAUCUCAGCUAAUCCAGAGUCACCUCCUAACUGCAGUGGGGCCAGGGCCGGAUUCUGAUUUCAGUCAAUCCAGAGUCACCUCCUAACUGCAGUGGGGUCAGGGCCGGAUUCUGAUCUCAGUUAAUCCAGAGCCAAUCCAGAGUCACCCCCUAACUGCAGUGGGGCCAGGGCCAGAUUCUGAUCUCAGUCAAUCCAGAGUCACCCCCUGCCUGCAAUGGGAUCAGGCCAGAUUCAGAUCUCAGCUAAUCCAGAGUCACCUCCUAACUGCAGUGGGGCCAGGGCCGGAUUCUGAUCUCAGUCAAUCCAGAGUCACCUCCUAACUGCAGUGGGGCCA